CCAGCCCUUGGUGGGGAUAAAAGUCUCGUGCCAGAGCCCCAGGGCAGAAACUCACUCCCUUCGUUGGACUGCCCAUCUGUCUGAAGCUGUUGAGACCAUCAGGCCUGACUAUGUCCUGCGUACCAUUUGUCGCCCAUGGGGGCUUCAGUGCCCGCUCUGCUUGCUCUGCUAGGGGGCGGAGCUGGAGUAGAGAUGGCACCCGGGGAGUAAAGAAAGCUGGUGGCUUCAGCAGCAAAAGCCUUUGUUCCAUGGGAGACACUAGGGGCAUCUCUGGCAGAGUUGGGAGAAACUGGGGGUCAGGGGGCAGAUUUGGGGUAAAGCUUGGGCGGGGCGGGGGAGGGACAGGUCUUUGUCCCCCAGGAGGCAUCCAGGAGGUCACGGUCAAUCAGAAUCUGCUGACCCCCCUCAAGAUUGAGAUUGACCCUCAGUUCCAAACGGUUCGGGCUCAGGAAACCCAGCAGAUUAGAGCCCUCAACGAUCAGUUUGCUUCCUUCAUCGACAAGGUUCAGUUUCUGGAAAAGCAGAACAAGGUUCUGGAGACCAAGUGGCAGCUUUUGCAGGACCAGGAGAGAACGAGUGGCCGCUUCCAAAACUUGGAGUCCAUCUUUGAGGCAUUUGUAGCUAGGCUAAAGAGGAUUCUAGAGCAACUCCAGAGGGAACAUGGGGCACUGACCAUGGAGCUGAAGACUUGUCAGGACCAGGAGGAGGAGUAUAAAACUAAGUAUGAAGAGGAGGCUCACAAACGUCCCAUAGCCGAGAAUGACUUUGUGGUUCUCAAGAAGGAUGUAGAUGGUGUCUACGUGAGCAAGCUGCAAUUAGAAAGCAAAGUAGAGGGUCUUCAAGAGAGCAUCUGCUUUUUGAAAUGUCUGUUCCAGGAAGAGCUCAAUCAGUUCCAGACUCAUGUCAAUGACACCUCAGUGCUCGUUUCCAUGGACAAUAACCGAUGCCUGGACCUCAGCAGCAUCAUUUCAGAGGUUCGAGCUCAGUAUGAACUCUAUGCUCAGAAGAGCAAAGCAGAGGCUGAAGCUGUGUACCAGACCAAGUAUCAGGAACUUCAAAUGUCUGCUGAGAAAUAUGGAGAAAGCAUGAGGGACACCAAGAUUCAAAUCACUGAGCAGACCCAAGCAAUUCAGAGACUUCAAAACCAGAUUGAAAGUAUCAAGAAACAGAACGCUACAAUCCAGUCAGCUAUCACUGAUGCUGAACAACGUGGAGAGCAGGCCCUCAAGGAUGCCCAGAUCAAGCUGGUGGACUUAGAGGGUGCCCUCAAGAAAGCUAAGCAAGACAUGGCAAGCCUGCUUCGAGACUACCAGGAGAUGAUAAGCACCAAGCUGGCCCUGGAUGUGGAAAUAGCCACCUACAGGAGGCUAUUGGAGGUUGAGGAGUGCAGGACAUCUGGGGAAUGCACCAGCAAUGUCAGCAUCUCAGUGGUUGGUGGAGAUAUCGCCAGCUCUACAGGAUGCAAGAACUCGGAAUUCAGCUGUUCCAGUGUUGUUGUUGGAGGUUCCCACUCCUCCAAAGGCCCUGACGCUGGCUGUGGCUCCAUCUCUGUCUCUGGUUCGGGAUUUUCUGGAUCCAGUUUGGGUUCUGUCACUGGCACCAUCUUGAAGAAGACAACAAUGUCCAGUUCGAAGACUAUCACAUACUGAAUGGCAGGGGAUUUCCCCAAGGGCAGAUCCUUUAAUGGCCGAGACAGAGUUCCACAAUCUAGAACUUCCCUUUCUUAACCAACUCAGUCCCUUUCACAUUUUCUCUAACACACGCAGACCCUGACAUAGAUUGAUUGACACUUUUUCUUUCCCACAAGCAAUAGCUGAUCACAUUUUAAUAGUUUCACUUUCCUCAUAAUAUCUCUAUGAGUCAUGUUGUAUAAAUAUUGUUAUACCUAUUUUAAUGAUGAGGAAAAGGAUGAUCAGAGAGAUUUUACUGAUUUACCUAAGGCCAUAUAGCUACUACAAACCAGGACCAGGUCUGGAACCCUGCUCUUCUGAGAGGUUGCCUCACAGUGGAGAGAGAGGAUGUGAGUUCAAAUCUCAGCUUUGCCACUUACUAGAUUUGUGACUUUGGGGAAGUUAUUUGACCUCUUUGUGUUUCAGCUUCAUUAUCUAUACAAUGAAAGGAUAGGAUUAGAUAAUGUCUAAAGUUCCUUCUAGCUCUAAAUUCUAUGACCCAAGGGGUUGAGAUUCUGAAACAACAAUAAAGUUUAUUUGUUU